AUGGCAAUGCGCACGCAGCAACUCCGCAAUUUUCCCUCGGGGCUAUUCCAAACAGUUAGCCUCUCAAAGCAAUCUUUUCGACCAUUCCACGGAAAGACCGCACGUUCAGUGCCUUCACCGACCCCCUUUGUCCCUGAUGUCCAGACUUUCCUCACGUUGAUCGGCCGGGAAAUGUCGAAGCAUUCGAGCAAGAUUCCCUCCUGGGACCAACUUUUCACCUUCAACUCCAACCAACUCCGAGAACUUGGCAUUGAGCCUGCCCGCCAGCGACGGUACUUGAUCCGGAAGCGCGAAAAGUUCCGCAAUGGGGUGUAUGGACCAGGAGGCGACCUGGAACAAGUUGUGGAUGGCGUCGCCCAGUUGCGAGUAGUGGAAAUCCCGGAUGAGACCAAGCAGCCCUCAGCAAACACAAACGAUGCCCAGCAGGUUUCGUCCUCUGCUACUCUGACACCUGGCAUGAAAAAGACUAUUGUGAACAUGCUCCCCGGUGUCACCGAAUACAAGCACAGCCCCGCCGCCCAACUCAAAAAAUUCGCCCACAUGAAAAUCCACAGAGGCUCUAAGAUCAUGGGGCCUUUCCUUCAGCCGGUCAAGGGGAGUCACGGAAGCGCCGCAACGAUCACAGUGCAGGAGGGUAUGUGGGAAGACAAGCGAGGACAGAAGGUGGAUGGUGGUGAGCGACGCCGCGUUGAGGUUCGGGCAAAGAGGCGACUCGAGGAAAGGCGGAAAGCGUAA